UAUACAAACGACCACGCAGCGAAGAUAACCUCCGAUCGAUAUUUCCCUUCCAUGUGUCUCUCUUACCACUUCACGACAAAAUUUCGAUCCGUGACGUCAUGGAUGCUGAGAUGAAUAUUCAAUAUUGAGUCUGCCAUUUUGGAUCCGUAAUAGGAAAUUUAGUUGACCAUAUUGUAUAAUUCUUUCUCCUUCCAACGGGCUGUAGGUACUUUAACGGACCCCAAAAGCAUGAGGGAGUGAUGAGGGCCAAGAUUUGGGGAAUUUUAGGGAUCAUCUUGGGCUUGAUUUUGCCCGGGAACAGUUUUAACUACGGGUUUCCGCAGGAAUCUGUGUUUCCCUUAGGAACAGUUGGAUGUUUGUUUACAAACCAGUUAUGUGGAAUAGAAGAAGUGUGCAUCGAUGAUCUCCUGUUUGGUAAUUGCCAAAGGCUGGAUAAGAGCCAGGAUCUGCACCAGUACCGUUUGAGGGAGGAUGAACUGUCGAACCUCGAAGAGCAAAUUGUGCACUUGAUCACCGAUGGUUACACAUGGCAGGAUUACUACACACAGUGUGUGCUACAGAAUGCCCUGCUUGCCAGCCGAACCCGUCAGCCAUUCCACCGCUCAAUGUGCAAGCUCGAUUCGGACGAGGCCAAAGUCCGAGGCGACAUGGGAAGUUAUCUGGAGCAGAUCUUCAAAAACUACUACGACUCCUAUAAGCCUUCGGGGACUUCCCCCGAAGUCAAGCGCGAGGAUGACGAGGUCAUUCGCGUCCAUAAAUAUUUUGAGAAGGAACCUGGAGGUCCUGAGCUAAGAUUCCCCAAGGACCUCAGCGAGGAGGAUAAAAUGAAUCUCAUGGAGGACCUAGGAUUCCUCGGUGCAGACAACAUUAGCUUGAGGGACGUCCAAGCAUUGCAAUAUUACCUAGACUCCAUUCGUAAGGGUGUAGGAAGGCUGGAGGGUUUUUACAGGGACGAGGAUGGUCAGGUGACUGACUCAGGGACUCGAGAGUUUGGUCUGGACUCGGACUCAGGUUCUCGGGAGUUUUAUUACAAGAAUAAAGAGUGGCCCGUUGAGGAAGAUUUUCAACAGUGGUCCUCAUAUGAUCAAGCCCCCUCCCGCUAUGAUAGUUCAUCUGAAAGUAGAGCAAACUAUCCAUAUGAUGCAGAAAAAGAGGAAAUUCUCAAUAAAUUGAAAUCAGGUGAAAUAACAACAAGUUCCCUGUCUGAUGAGCAAAUCACAAGUCUUGUAAACUAUAUUGGUCAAAGGCUACCUCCAGAGAGUCAAAGUAAGGGAGAAAAUGAUUGGCCAUUGGAGCAAGAAGUGAAGAGUAAAGCUGAAGAUGAUUGGACAGUUAGCAGACCAAUAGAAAACAAGUUUUUUGGGACAGAAGGCAUGAUGGGAAAUUGGGGAGAAGAUACAGAUGAGGGGACGAGAAAGGAAGAAAAUGGAUUUGGCAUUUUCGAUGAAGACCAGAAGAUCAACAAGAUGGAUUCUGAGACAAGCAAGAUAUCCAAUGGAAAACAGGGAAUCAUGGAACCAAUUCAAGAAGAGGAUGUCAACAUAAAAGACAAGAAAAAUGUAGAGACUAUGCUAAGUCUGACUACAAAGCCAAGGGUCUCUCCAACUGUCUCUAGUUCCAUGCAAGACAGCAGCAAUACCAAGAAGCCCAUAGAAACUGAUGUCUACUGGAUACAAGUCGGAGGAAAGUUGAAUGGAGAACAAGCCAAGGAGAUACUAGAGAUGAUCAAUGAAGCCUUGAUUGAGGAAAAUGCUAACAUCAAGAUCACCAAUGCUGAGGAAGAUGAAGAUAACGGGCGUUUGACAAUAAGAAUCAACACCACAGAUCCAAAUGUUCCAUUUAAGAAAAUCAUAGAGAGCAUAAAGGACAAAGUCCAGAAAAAACUUAGCCUAGGAAUCACUGACGUCGGAAUUGGAAACAAUGCUAACCCGGUCAGUCUGCGGGUGUCAGAUGACAGAUACAUCGUGCUGAGCUUCGUCCUCUGUGGCUGUAUCGCCGGGAUCCUGCUCGCCUCCGUCAUAAUAUUCCUGAUCCGGAGGAACUCCAGAUCCAAACAAAAACUGGCUCAGCUCUCGUCCGGACCAACAGGAGAAGGAAAUGAACCAUCUCAGGAUUAUCAGGACCUCUGUCGACAGCGGAUGCAGGGGAAAACUACGGAAAAACCGGAACCCCUUCACGCCGCCUCCAGGAUCGGAAGUGUGUCGGGAGAACAGGUUCGAAGCCCAUCCAGCCGGAGCAGUACCUCCUCAUGGAGUGAGGAACCUGUCACCUCUAAUAUGGACAUCUCAACUGGUCACAUUGUCCUGUCAUACAUGGAGGACCACCUAAAGAACAAGGAUCGUCUAGACAGGGAGUGGGAGGGUCUAUGUACCUACGAAGCCGACCCGUCCAACACAGACAUAGCCAAUGACGCCGCCAAUAUACGCAAGAACCGCUACAGUGACACCGUUCCUUAUGAUCAUUCCCGAGUGAUUCUAUCCACCAAUUGUAACGCCUCUAGCUCAGACUACAUCAAUGCAAGCACAAUCACGGACCAUGAUCCUCGGAACCCAGCCUAUAUUGCGACCCAGGGACCCCUACCCCACACUGUGGCGGACUUCUGGCAGAUGGUAUGGGAGCAAGGAAGCGUUGUCAUAGUAAUGUUGACACGCCUGACCGAGAAUGGAGAGGCCAUGUGUUAUCGUUAUUGGCCGGAGGAAGGAAGUGACCUCUAUCAUAUCUAUGAGGUUCACCUGGUGUCGGAACAUAUCUGGUGCGACGACUACCUGGUGCGGAGCUUCUACCUGAAGAACCUACAGACCAAUGAGACGCGGACCGUCACUCAGUUCCACUUCCUGACCUGGCCAGAUCUAGACGUUCCCAAGUCAAUCAAAGCCCUGCUAGACUUCAGGAGAAAGGUGAACAAAUCCUACAGAGGUCGAUCCUGUCCUAUUGUUGUACAUUGCAGUGAUGGUUGUGGUCGAACUGGGACCUAUUGCUUGAUUGACAUGGUACUCAACCGUAUGGCCAAAGGAGCAAAGGAAAUAGACAUUGCAGCCACAUUGGAGCACAUCAGAGAUCAAAGGAAAAACAUGGUCAAAACUAAGGAGCAGUUCCAGUUUGCCCUAGCAGCCGUUGCAGAGGAAGUGCACGCUAUAUUGAAGGCUCUACCCCAGUAAUGCCCCCUUGUCUCUUGUCUCCACCAGAUGGGGCUCUCGUCACCCACUCAAACUCAUCUCCAUGGUAACAGUCAUUUCAGUGUCCCUUGGUGCACGUGCACUGGCAGAGAUAUAUAUAAUGUCAUCUCCAUACUGUGGAAUAUUUAUUUAACUAAUCAAUGGAUGUCAAAAUCUUAUAAUAAGGACCCUUUGGUGUCGAGAUGUAUGUUCUGUUGUAAUCGCCGUAAACAAUCACUCUUUGAGAAUUUAUUUUUUAUGCAGAUUUAUGACUUUUCUUGGCUCUGAGACAUUCAUGCAAUUUUUUUUGGAGACAGUUUUUCGAAAAAUAGAUAGAAGAGAGUCAGAAGGUGUAAAGUUUUGAAAUUGGAUACAUUAAAUAUGGAGGUUUUUAAAAUUAAAGUAAGUGUAUAUUUUUGAUUUUGUUCUGAUCUUUUUAUUUAUCAAAAGACUGAACAAUUUGAAAUUGGUUUGAUUUUUUUAUCCAGUGAGAAGUAGAUGGGAAAGAUGUGGAAAACCAUUGUAUUAUCUAGUGAAAAAAUCUUCUUUGACACUAUAAUUGUUCAUUAUCUUAUAUUGAAAAUAUGUUGUGGUACUAAGAAAGAAGGAAAUGAUUACUGAACUGUUUUAGAUUAAAACCGUUCUCAAUAACUUAUUACAUUUAAAUACAAACUAUUUUUGUCUUUUAUACUCUGUUUAUUUCAUUAUUAGUUUUACUUGUAUGUGCAACAAACUUGAUCAUGAAAAUGGAACUAAAUUUACAGCUGGUUUUCAGACACUGUUUUAGAAAUGUUAAAUAAGAUACCAAUACAUACUGUAUACAGGGAAAUAUUUGCCUUCAUUUUAUUUUCGCCCCUUUAACCCUCGUUGUGAGUGGGCAAUUUAGAAACUGGGCAAACUUCAACGUAUUAAAUUAUUGCUCUUAGAACACUGUCUGGGCGAAUUCAAGAUGGGGCGAAACUGUUUGCAAGUGAAGAAUGGCAAAAAAUACGAGGGGUGAAAAUUGCCCUGCAUACAGUAGUUAAAUUUCUAUUGACUUGUUAAGUUUUGAAGAUUUUAUGCUCUACUUAAUAAUUAUGUAUUGUGAUACAUGUAGCUAGCUCAGUGAUAUGGUUUCUGUUUUACUUUGUUGUGGAUUCUGAGGCAGUUCUAAUAUUCUGUACAAUGUGAACAAAUACUGGAUAUAAGAUCAUUUUUAAGGUUUAUCAACCCUUUGUGAUAAAAUGAUAAAUUCAUUGUUUGACAGGUUGGAUUUGUCCCAAGGAAAUCUUAAUUAUAGUAGAUGUGCACAUAUUUUCAUAACAAAAUUAGACAGAACGUAAACAUUGAAUAUUUUAUAAUGAAAACCUUAUGUGAAAAUAAAUUGCUUCAAGAGUUAUCUCUCUUAUUACGAGGUCUAAGUACCUUAUUAUCAUUUUUACCAAUACCUUUAUUUAGUGCAAUAGAAUAACUCCCGUUGUGUUCAACUAUUUAUUUUAUUUAUAUAAGUAAUAGAUUUGUCAAAAAUUAUAAAUUCUUUCCUCCUUAUAUUAAAAGAAUUGAAAUCUCUAAUACAGUUUGCAUACUUUGUUUAAUUUUACAAAUUAAGAACAAAAUUGUCUUAGCUACACGGAUUCUUUUCUUUUACUGUUUUUUUUGUGUGUCCAGAUUUACAUGAUACU